AUGGAUGGCUCUGAUGAGGCGGGCGAGCUGCAGCAACAGCAGCAGCAGCAGCAGCGAAGCAGCAGCAGCAGUUUCUGCUGCUGCUGCUGCUGCCAAGGAGAAGUGCGACGCAUUAUUGGAGAGCUGCGGUGA